AACUCGGCAGGCAAGCGAGCGAUUUGCUGUUCGCGGCUUGGCUCACCAAUUACUGUACCACAGGCACGUGAGCCGAUACAUCACUGGAUGCCGUUUUAUUAGCAUCACACUAAUAAAAAGGAGGCGGCGACUGUUAAUCCUGAUAUCAGGGCUCUCCUCUUCUUUAUCCUUCACUUCUGCUUUGACUCUGCAUGGAAACUUGACAGAGAUUGUAUCAGUAUCAAGAUGAACAACAACACCCUAUAUGAACACAACAGUAUUUACAUGUAUGACUAUGCUGCCAAUUCUAACUGGACUUCGUUUAUACUGGAAAUAGGAAAAGCACAUGAGGUGCAUUCCCAACCUAUUGCGGUAUACGCCAUCAUUCUGACAUGUCUUUCAACAAUUGUGAACUCCGUCCUAUGUUAUGUGACACUUGUGACCCGAGAAUUACGACGCCAACCCCUGUACGCAUGCGUGUUCAACUUUUGCUUUAUGAACUUACUCAUGGGACUGUUCGUGACCUCUUUGGUUGUGUAUCAUGAACUAAGUCCCACGUGGAAGCUGGGACUGUUUGUUUGUAGGGCCUGGGUCAUUCUGGAUGUCUUUCUUCCUUUCACGUCUUUCAUGACACUGAUGCUUAUGUCCAUUGACCGUUUCUUUUACGCCCGUUUCCAUUCCUUCUACCAAUCGGCGAAAUUCCGAUUUCAGAGAGAAAUCUACCUUCUUAUUCCUUGGAUCAUCGGAAUGGUGGUGGUGAUUCCACUGUGGGUCGGCGGAUUUCAACAGUCGCCGAUAGAAAUGACAGACAUGUGUGUCUUUGGCUUGGUGGACGAAGCUUCGGUAGCAUCGCCUAUACUGGUUUUCUUUCUACCAGCCUUUUUCCUGAUCUUAGUGAUGAUCAUAACCCAUUUCUUCUCUUUCCGCAAAAUCACACGAGCUAACGCUAGAUCAAUAAGCAGUCGCUCAGCCGGAACGCCCAGAGACCAAUAUGGGUAUUAUGCGUACGAAAACAACUUUUCAGCUGUGACUCUGUAUCUUAUAAAUGUGACAUUUCUGAUCAUGUGGUCGCCCUAUCAUAUGAUGAGCCUCCUUCUGGCUAUGUGUUUGCAUUGCAUGCCGCCUUACUCGCUCAUCGUGGGGUUCACGUACAUGGGGACUACCGCCAGCUCCAUCAUCUCGUUCUUGUGGCUAACUGACUACCAUGUUCGAUAUUCCUUGAAACACGUGAUAUGUGAUCGGUUUAAGAAAGUAAAACAUACUCCUUCGAACAACGUUUCGCUUACGCUGUUGGAAGCAUGAAAACAAAACUGUGACUUGAACAGUGAACUAUACAAGAGACCUCUUGAGUACUACAACAGAAACAUUUUUGUUUUGUGAUUAUACAAACAUGUUGCACUUCAAAUGUAUCACUUUAAGAAUGCACCUACACAUGUUUAAACACUUAUAUAGCUCAUCGCUUGACGAGGUAAAUAAAUAACUAUUAACAAUG